AUGCCUCUUCUCCCGUCUCUCUGCUUCACGGCGGCGGCGGCUGCUGCUGCCGCUCUUCUUCCCCUCAUCUCCCCCUCUCAUCUUCACUCUUCACUCGUCUCACCGGACACUAGCAAAAACAAGUUUGCCACUCUGCUACAUCUCGGUGCCCCUAAUGGGUUCUCUGUGUUGGUCAAUGGGGUUGCUAGAUUUGUCGGGGUGCAUUGUUCCUUGGUGUUGAAGAAACGUGGUGAUGGUGUUUUGGAGAUGGAUCGGGUGCAAACCUCGGCAGAGCGAGCGUCGCUGCUGCGACGUGAAGUGGCAUCGGCGAUUUGA